CAUACAUCGCCAGGUUAGAAUUCCCAUAAUUCCCAACGUUACUCGACACCUAACCCUUUGCUCGCAUUACCUGAGUCUUCUUCAACCCUACAACCGUCCUGACGUUGAUGCCACUGGGUUGUGGCACUGAUACCACUAUUGAUAUAACUAUGGAUGCUGAAUCGGGUCAAAGCGUGACCGCUGCUGCAACAGUUCGAGACCAGACCGCCAUUAACAUCAAUCAUGAAGACGAUGUGUCCAAUCCAUCGUCUCCCAGCACCGAAUGCGAGUCUGAUGGCAGUCACAUUUUCGACGACGACGACGACGACGAAUUCGACGAGUCGCAAUGUUUAUUCUGCAACCAGACGAGCCCGGACUUGGACCAGAAUCUGGUCCACAUGCUCAAAGUCCAUGGCUUGUAUGUAGAUCCCGCGCACCUAUUGGCAGAUGUCGGGACUCUCCUCGCCUACUUCCAUCUCAUCAUUUCUGGGCGUUACGAGUGCCUCUACUGCGGAACGCAGCGGAGUACUCGCGAGGCCGUGCAGCAGCACAUGAUGGCCAAGGGGCAUUGCAAGUACGACAUGACGGACGAGGAUGCCGAGCUCAGAGACGUAUUUGACUUCCCCUCGUCGCAUGCAAAAGAGGAGCUACACCGACAUCUCCACGCCACGGGGUUCUCGGGCGACAACCAUUUUCCACCGCAAACCAGAUUGAGGAAACCACGACCACCCAGGCGUUCAGACAGACACGGGCCCAACAUCACAGCUUCCCAGCUCGACCAAAUACCACCGCCUCCAACUCCGCAAUCACACACCGAUGCUGGGUCAAGCUCAAAUGCUGCAGAGACACCGCCCGAUUCUCGGGGUGAACUGAGUACGAGAGCGCUGAAGCAAGAAGUCACGCUCAACAACCAGCUCGCGCAGCUUCGUGCAGGGGACCGGAGAAGUCUUGCGCAUUUACCGACCUCACAGCAGAGGGCGUUGCUGGCCACUCACCACAAACAGAUGGAGAAGGCCAGGAGGACGGAGCAAACAAGCCAGAGCAACUUGGAGAGCGCCGGGAACAAAUUCAAUUGUCUGGGCAAGAUCAGGCUGGUACGGAAACCGCCACAUACAGGGAAUGUGCACAGCUUGAAUCCGUGAGUUCGAUGGGGACUUUUCGGGAUCCUACAUAGGUUCGAGGGGCGUUUUGAGGGGUAUAUCGCCCCAUUUUUACCAGAGCUCACUCGUACAAAUCUGAGAUCAUCGAUUGAGAAUCGUGAAGGCUCAAGAGAACAAGCUAGUGAGACACGUAACACAUGGAGAGCCGCUCUAGAUUCUUGGCGGGUGAGGCUUAAAGUUACCCCAGAAACCAGCGUUGGCAGCCUCGCAUAUGAUGUCAACAGCACGCACAACAAGACUGGCCUCCCCUAGAUGAGCUGAACCUGAACUCCCGCAUGAUGAACAAGACCUCUUUAUGUUGUUGCAGCCAUCGUGUUUGGCAGACCCUCAACAUCAACAAAGGACUCAUUUUGUCAUAGCUGUCGAACGACUCCCAAGGAGAAUAAAUAGAUAAACCUGUGCCGCCGCAGUGUUGAUCAACUG